UUAAAGAACCAAUUUCAUAUACCUGUUGUUUUCAGCAGUACUUCAGCUAUGACACCACUGCCGGCAGAUAAAGGCUCCCUGGUUGUCAGAUUGCUGUCCAGGGUUUCUUGCUUCCAACUGUGUGCUUUUUUCCUGGCUGUUGUAGGUUGGGUUGUAUGUAUUAGUUCAGCAGCAAGCAUCCAGUGGAGAGUAUGGCAUGUCGAGAACAUCAUGGGCAGCCACUCUGGCUUUGUCGGGAUUGGGAUCUGGCACGUCUGUUCUGUGCAUGACACUAUUGAUAAAAGAAACAUUUUAUGUUCACCUUUAACUGAGGAACAUGAAUCCCUGCCCACUGAAAUUGCUCAGGACCUAAUGCCAUUAGCUUCCAUUGUCAAUACUCUGACUGUGUAUUUUAUGUCCUUUGCCUUGUAUAAUGUAUUCAAACCUGGAACACACAAAGAUUUUAUCUUUACUUUUUUUACUAUUGGAGGUGUACUGAACUUAGCUGCAGGAAUAUUUGUGUUCAUUUCCGUUUCCUGGAAUAUGCAUUCUGUCUUGGUAAAGGAAGGAAUCAAACUCCCUAAAAUGUUGGGAUUGCCUGACGUUCCCAAAGAACAGUAUGUUGGGGUUUCUAUUUAUUUGGGGUAUGUUGCUGCAGCUUCACAGUUGUUAAGUGGAUCACUUGUUCUUGGUGAGGCAUGUUGCUGGAGAUUCAGGGAAACAUACACUUUGGCAGAAGUAGUUGUACAUGAUCCAGAAAAUGCAAUGAAAAGUGAGAGCCACCUUACUUGUUUAAAGUGUAAAAAGUGUGGUUCUAACAUGAGGGAUUGGAGAUCUAUCAGUCUUAUGCAAAUAGGAUCUAUGCCAAACACACCACUGAUGUGGCUGCAGGAUGAUUAAGAUCUGA